CACACAAACAAAAACAGGCACGCCCCGUAGCUCUACAUAUAUAAGCUAACCAAGCUUGGCAAAGCUUGCAGCAGCUCGGAUCAUCACCAUCCAUCAAUCACCUGCUGCUGCUGAAGGAUCAGAAUCAGAUCAAGCGCAAACGCAACCACUUGCCAAUCAACUGGCCAUUCUCUCAUGGCGAGCGGCAAGCCGCAGCGAGCAGCGAAAUGCGGCGCGGCGCCUGAGGCCGUCACCGACAUCGACCCCAAGCUCGAGUGGCUCGACGGCGCCAACACCUACAUCAUCCGCCUCAACCUCCCAGGGUUCAAGAAGGAGGACUUCAAGGUGCAGGUGGACUCCGGCGGGCGGCUGACGGUGCGCGGCGAGCGGCCGGCGGGGUACGUGCGGUUCCACAAGGCGUUCCAGCUGCCCCAGACGGCCAACCUCGACGGGGUGGCCGGGCGUUUCGACGGCACCGUGCUGUCGCUCACCGUGCCCAAGCAGCCGGCCAGCGGCACGGACAUGGUGGUGGCGAGGCUGGCCGAGGCCAGGGAGACGUGCGCGGCGGCGGAGGCCGAGGGGAUGACGACCUGGGCGGAGGCGCUCGGCGGCAGGGGCCAGAUGGUCGCCGCGGCCGUCGCCGGGUUCGCGCUCGGCGCGUUCCUCGCCCACAGGCUACUGUCCGCCACGAAUUGAGUAGCUAAGGCGCCAUGUAUAUGUGAUGUGUGUACCUCAUCUACGAGAAUGGAUUCGUUAAAAACGAAAUUGUAUUAAUUAUAUUUGGUUCCUUGAAAAAAAAACCAUACUAAAUGCAUUGCUUAUAA